ACGCGACGGUGUACGUUGGGGGGUUGGAUGAGAAGGUCAGCGAGCCGCUGCUGUGGGAGCUCUUUCUCCAGGCGGGACCGGUGGUCAAUACCCACAUGCCCAAGGAUCGAGUCACAGGCCAGCACCAAGGCUAUGGGUUUGUGGAGUUCCUCAGCGAGGAGGACGCGGAUUAUGCCAUUAAGAUCAUGAACAUGAUCAAGUUGUAUGGGAAACCGAUCCGAGUGAACAAAGCCUCGGCCCACAACAAAAACCUGGACGUGGGGGCCAACAUCUUCAUCGGCAACCUGGACCCCGAAAUCGAUGAGAAGCUGUUGUACGACACCUUCAGCGCUUUCGGGGUCAUCCUGCAGACGCCCAAGAUCAUGCGAGACCCCGACACGGGCAACUCGAAGGGCUACGCCUUCAUCAACUUCGCCAGCUUUGAUGCCUCGGACGCUGCCAUCGAGGCCAUGAACGGACAGUACCUCUGCAACAGGCCCAUCACCGUUUCCUACGCCUUCAAAAAAGAUUCCAAAGGCGAGCGGCACGGCUCGGCCGCCGAGCGUCUCCUGGCAGCCCAGAACCCGCUCUCGCAGGCGGAUCGGCCCCAUCAGCUGUUCGCCGACGCUCCUCCUCCUCCGUCUGUCCCGACUCCUGUUGUCACCUCCCUGGGACCCGGCGUCACCCCUCCGGGCCUCCCGCCCCCAGGCUCGUUCCACCAUCCAGGAAUGCCUCCCAUGCAAGUCCACCACGGGCCGCCCGGGAUGGGCCAGCAUCACCCAGGACCACCGGGUUCCGGAGGCCAGCCUCCCCCACGGCCCCCACCUGGCAUGCCACACCCUGGACCCCCACCCAUGGGUAUGCCACCCCGAGGACCUCAUUUCGGGUCGCCCAUGGGUAAGUGGGUGCCUGCAAGAGGCGCCCCCCGGCCUGCACAGAGGCCCCCCGGGGUGCCGCCGCGUGGCCCCUUGAGGGGCCCCCUGCCCUAAAUGAGGUAGUGGCAAAACCCCCUCCCUGCUGGGGAUCCUUCCCUCUCUGUCCUCAGACUUUCAUUUCCCCUUGGGCUAACAUACCCGCACCCAAGAGGGGCAGUUGGGGCCAUCCCUGCCGCAGCUCCCCCCUCUAUCUUUCCCUCUCCCCAUCUUUUCCCCCGUUUCUUUUUCUAGUGUUCUUUUUGGUUACUUUUCCCCUCCUCCUUCCGUUUAUCUCGGCCUUGAAGAUUUUUCAAGGUACUUUUAACAGGAUUUUUUUUUUUUCUAUGUAAAGCAGCGAUCGCCCAUUUACCAAUAAAGCAUUUUAAGAACCGGGGGUUCGUCCCGCUGAGAUCGGGGCGAGGCUCUGCCUGUUUG